AUGCCUGACAAUAGUGAAGAUCAUCACGUUCAGGACGAAGUGCUGCGGCAUAGUCUCGAAAACCCUGAAGAGUUCUGGAGGCAUCAGGCCGAGCAUCUCUACUGGCACAAGCCAUUCUCCUCCACUAUUCAACUGACUCAGAAGACACUUAAGAAUGGCAUCACACACGAUAGUUGGGAGUGGUUUCCCGAUGGUGAGAUAUCUACUUGCUACAAUUGUGUCGACAGGCAUGUACUCGAUGGUCAUGGCGACUCCGUUGCCAUCUAUUUCGACAGCCCUGUAACCAACACCAAGGAAGUUUAUACCUAUCGCAAACUACUUCACGAGGUCGAAACACUUGCCGGUUCUCUCAGAGAGCAAGGUAUAAAGAAAGGGGACGUUGUAAUGCUGUAUAUGCCCACGAUUCCUGCCGCAGUUGUAGGCAUCCUUGCUGUCAAUCGGCUCGGCGCCAUUCACUCUAUUGUGUUUGGUGGCUUUGCUCCUCUUGCUCUAGCUCAACGUAUCGAUUCAUGCCAUCCAGUCACCAUUCUUACUGCAUCCUGUGGUAUUGAUGGUAAUAAACCUCCUAUCGCAUACAAGCCCCUGGUGGAGGAAGCAAUCCGGUUGGCUUCUCACAAACCCCAUAAUGUAAUCGUUUGGCAACGAGAACAGCGUCAAUGGGACAUCAAUCACGAGACUGGACAGCUUAACUGGAAGAGUCUAACAAACGACGCCCUGCUCCGAGGAGUAAAGGCGGAUUGUGUCCCUGUCAAGAGUACGGAUCCUGUCUACAUCAUCCAUACUUCUGGCACAACUGGAACCCCCAAAGGCGUGCUGCGCGAUGCUGGCGGCCAUGCUGUUGGCCUGCACCUUUCUAUCAGCUACCUUUUUAACAUCAAUGGCCCCGGCUGCGUGUCAUUCACUGCGUCAGAUAUUGGCUGGAUUGUUGGCCACUCAUACAUUAUUUACGGUCCUCUCCUCACCGGGGCCGCGACUGUGCUAUAUGAGGGAAAGCCUGUUGGUACCCCAGAUGCAUCUUCUUUCUGGAGGAUAGUCGAGGAGUACAAAGUAAACACCAUAUUUACUGCACCCACUGCUCUAAGAGCCAUCAGGCGAGUGGACCAAGAUAAUCAGUCUUUCAUCGAUUACGGUAAACGAGGGGCUCUCAGGACUUUAAGGGGGCUCUUCCUCGCUGGAGAGCGUUCUGAACCAACUCUGAUUGAGAGUUACCAGCGACUUAUGACACAAUACUGUGCUGAAAACGCCCAUGUCGUCGAUAACUGGUGGUCUACUGAAGUUGGGUCCCCUAUUACUGGUCGGGCACUUGUUCCGCAUGCUGGCAAGCAUCGCAAAACAGAUGUUCGUGGCCACCCUCCUCCUCUUCUGAAGGCUGGCAGUGCUGGAAAGGCGAUGCCAGGCUUUGACGUUCGUAUUGUGGAUGAUGAAGGCAUGGAAGUGGAAAGGGGAUCGAUGGGAAAUAUCGUAUUGGCAAUGCCUCUUGCUCCAACAGGGUUCCGGACUCUAUGGCAAGAUGAGGAACGUUUCUGGAAAGGUUACCUAAAAAGGUUUGAAGGCAAAUGGCUUGAUACAGGUGAUACGGGCUGGAUCGACCUGCAAGGCUAUAUCCAUGUGAUGGCACGCAGCGACGAUGUGCUGAAUGUCAGCGCACAUCGUCUAUCCAGCGGCUCCAUCGAACAAGCUAUUGCGUCUCACCCCCGAGUUAUUGAGGUUUGCAUUAUUGGUGUACCAGAUUCACUCAAGGGUCAACUGCCGUUUGCCUUUGUCACACUCUCAGGACAAACACAUGCAGAUCCAGCAAUACCAGACCAGCAAACUGUCAAAGAAAUCCAACAACUGGUACGCGGCCAAGUUGGGGCCAUAGCUUCCUUAGGUGGUAUCAUUCAGGGCAAGUGUAUGAUUCCCAAAACACGGUCUGGCAAAAUGCUCCGGCGUGUGCUUAAGGAGAUGGCAGAGAACGCAAUUCGCGGUGAUUUUGGAAAGGAAAUAGCGGUACCUAGCACGAUUGAGGAUGCAUCCACCUUGGAUGCUGCUCGUGCGAGGAUCCGCGAAUACUUUGGGCAGACGGAAGUGAGGAAUGCUGGUGGAGAUGGUAUAGCCAAGGCCCGUCUGUGA